AUGGAGGAGCAUAACAUAGUGAACAGCGGUGGAGAGAACAACUGUGCGUCCAGUGACAGGCGUAUCAUCAAACUGGCGGAGGAGGACAUCAACCGCAUUGCAGCUGGUGAAGUUAUUAUUCGCCCAUGCAACGCGUUAAAGGAGCUGAUUGAGAACAGUCUCGACGCCAACUCUACGAGCAUAAGUGUGCAUCUCAACAAGGGAGGACUCAAGUCACUACAAAUAAUAGACGAUGGAGAUGGCAUACAUAAGGAUGACCUCCAAAUUGUGUGCGAACGAUUUACAACAAGCAAAAUAACCAACCAUAAAGAUAUUCGGUCAAUUAAGACUUUUGGUUUCCGAGGAGAGGCAUUGUCCUCCAUUUCCCACGUGUCCUACUUGACCAUAACAACGAAGAAAAGAGGGGCCUCUUUUUGCUACACGUGUUCAUAUAAGGAUGGAAAACCCACACAACAAGAACCCACUGUCUGUUCAGGCAAAGAUGGAACUAUUAUACGGUUCGAUGAUUUAUUUUACAAUAUGAACUCUAGACUGAGAGCGCUAAAUCAUAAUGAUGAAUACAAUAAGUGUCUGGAGGUUUUACAAAAGUAUGCCAUUCACUACCCGCAUGUUUCUUUUACUUGUAAGAAGUGGCUCAGUAACACCGUCGAUUUGAGCACACAAGGGGUGGGGAAGGGAAUCGGUGGAAUGGGAGGCAUAUACGUUAUCAAAGGGAAACGGAAGGAGUUAUUCCGCGAGCUCGCACAAAUGGGCGACGCCCCCGAAGGGCAGAUUGAUCUUGCACAUGGCGGGGGCACUGCCUCCACGGACAAACCAGCGGAAGCGGACGCAGGCGUGGAAGCGGACACACGCGCAGAAGCGGACACGUACACCGAGGUGGAGAAGAAAAUCCUCCAGGAGGAGAAACACCUCGACACAAAUUACCAAACAAAUUUGAGCAAUGUAAAAUUAACCAUUCAAAAAAUAUAUGGCAGAAAUAUCUCCAAAGAACUCAGUACCAUAUUCAUUAAGGAAAAAAUUCCUACCUUCUUCAAGUGUUAUGGGUUGGUAAGUAACCCUACCUAUGGAGGGAAAAAGGGCAGCUAUAUCUUUUUUAUAAACGACCGUCUGGUCGAAUCGGGCAUACUAAAACGCAUGUGUGAGAGUCAAUAUGCUAACUUCCUUGCCAAGGGAAACUACCCCUGGGUUUAUCUCUCCAUAAGGCUAAAGUAUGACAUAGUAGAUGUAAAUGUUCACCCCACAAAGAAGGAGGUACACUUCCUCUACCAGGAAGAGAUAGCUAUGCUCAUUUCGAAGCGGAUAGAAGAAUUUCUGAAAAAUUUUCACAACGCCAGGAGUUUUGGGGCGCCCACAGUCAACAUGGUUCAGACGAGGUUCGACUUGUCUUCUAUGAAAAUCGAGGUGAAGAGGGAAGAACCGCCUUCUACUUUGGCUAGCCAAGGAAGAAACGAGGUUGGGAAUGACCACAAGAAGCAAAUAGAUACCAAGAGAGUGCGUACAGAUCAUAGGCAAAUCACCCUCACGAAUUAUUUCGUCAAGAAGGAGGGUGAGAGGGGGGGGGAAGACGGGGCGAUGGUUGUGUUUGAGGACAAGGAGUACGAAGUGCAAAAAUUGGAACCACCCAAACCGGCUCUCUUCAACACAAAUGUGGAAAAGCAUGUGAGUAGUACCAAGUACGACAGAUUAUACCCAUGUGAAUGUGAUGAUAUAAGCAGCAUAAGGAAACUCAAAAAAAUUUGUGAAGAAAAGGAGAAAAAGGAACUAACCGAAUGUUUGAAAAACUCCAUAUACGUAGGAGCAGUAGAUAAUUUGCACAGCCUCAUUCAGUACAAAGACAAAUUGCUCAUGAUAAAAAUGCCACUAAUAAUAAAAGAAAUCACAUACCAAUCCAUCCUGAAUCGAAUUGGCAGAAUACCACCCUUUAAAUUUGACCCUCCAAUUCCCCUCUACGAUUUGUUACUAGUCGCCAUGAACAACUCUCAUUCAGGUUACUUUGAAAACCCAGACUACGUGACAAAAAAUAUGGAAAGGCUCUGUAAUGAAUUGGAACAAGUAUUUUACUCUUAUGAGGAAAUGUAUGCUGAUUAUUUUUCUCUCAUUAUUGAAGAUGGGUGUGUGUGUACCUUUCCUGCAUGCUGUGGGGAGUAUUUUCCUGGACAAGAGUUCCUACCUCUUCUCUUCUUAAGACUCGCCACACAAGUAGAUUAUGAAAAGGAACUCAACUGCAUCAACGGCAUAUGCUACUUGAUAGCCAAUUUCUAUUCCAAAGUUACCCUCCUCGAUGAUAAGGAGUGGACAUUCCAAAACGAGUUACUCAUGCUCAAGGAGAAGGAAAUACAAAUGUUAAAGGGUCAAGCGGAUAAUGAGGCGGGAGGAAAAUCAUCCCCGGGAGCCUGCGAAGAAGAAAACUAUAACUUCGAAAAUGUCUUAGGGGACGAAACGGUUGUGGAUGUGAAUAAACAUCUCGCUGCCUCCAAAAAUAUAAACCUCGUUUUUGAAAAAUACUUCUUCCCCAUGAUUCAGUUGAACAGCGUCAUGAGGGUCCCUCGUACCUUCUCCACCAAUGGGUACAUCAUCGAGCUCACCUCCCUCAACCAGCUGUACAGGAUAUUCGAGCGCUGCUAG